AUGAGGCCUCCAGACCCAUGUGUUAUGAAGCCUCCAGACCCUCGUGUAAUGAAGCCUCCAGACCCACGUGUUACGAAGCCUCCAGACCCACGUAUUAUGAAGCCUCCAGACCCUCGUGUUAUGAAGCCUCCAGACCCUCGUGUUAUGAAGCCUCCAGACCCUCGUAUUAUGAAGCCUCCAGACCCUCGUGUUAUGAAGCCUCCAGACCCUCGUGUUAUGAAGCCUCCAGACCCACGUAUUAUGAAGCCUUCAGACCCAUGUGUUAUGAAGCCUCCAGACCCACGUGUUAUGAAGCCUCCUGACCCUCGUGUUAUGAAGCCUCCAGGCCCAUUUGUUAUGAAGCCUCCAGACCCCACGUGUUAUGAAGCCUUCAGACUCACGUGUUAUGAAGCCUCCAGACCCCACGUAUUAUGA